AUCGCGCACUGCUGCAGGGCGCCCCGGACGCGGUGGAGCUGAGCGAGCUGACGCCCUGGGUCGCAAGGGCCCCGCGUCCGCGCCGUCGGGCGGGGUCCCGGCGGCGGCGCGCGCGUGCGCGGUCAGGGGCGCGGCCGUGCGGGCUGCGCGAGCUGGAAGUGCGCGUGAGCGAGCUGGGCUUGGGCUACGCGUCCGACGAGACGGUGCUGUUCCGCUACUGCGCAGGCGCCUGCGAGGCGGCGGCGCGCGUCUACGACCUGGGGCUGCGGCGGCUGCGCCAGCGGCGGCGCGUUCGGCGGGAGCGGGUGCGCGCGCAGCCCUGCUGCCGCCCGACGGCCUACGAGGACGAGGUGUCGUUCCUGGACGCGCACAGCCGCUACCACACGGUGCACGAGCUGUCGGCGCGCGAGUGUGCCUGCGUCUGACCCUACCUCACCAGGCCCGGCGCGACGGCGCCCCCCGUCCCGCCUGGCGGGCCCCGCGACCACGGACUGCCCCUGCGCAGAGGGCGCUGUCGAGGCCUCAGGACUG